ACAAUGCAAGCGAUCACUCUCCCAUGUCCAACCUUCUCAUAUUUCCACCUUCACCAAUUCCCUAAACAACUCUCUCCGUUUCUUUUCUUUUUCUUUUUCUUUUCCUUCAUUUGUUGUUGUUAUUAUUAUUAUUAUUUGAAAGUGAAGCCAUGUUGGGAUUAUUCAGCAGUUCCAUCAUGUCCCCGCCGGACGAGUUAGUCGCUGCUGGAAGCCGUACGCCCUCGCCGAAAACCACAUCCGCCACUCUACUCAACCGCUUCGUCCAAACCAACCCUUCCGCCGUGUCGCUGCAGCUCGGUGACCACGUCCAGCUUGCUUACACUCACGAAACUGAAUCCGCCUUAUGCCCCAGAUCUUUCGCGGUGAAGGACGACAUUUUCUGUUUAUUCGAGGGAGUUUUGGACAAUUUAGGAAGCUUAAGGCAACAAUACGGCUUAGCCAAAUCAGCGAAUGAGGUGAUUCUCAUGAUUGAAGCUUACAAGGCUCUCCGUGACCGGGCACCCUACCCGCCCAGCCACGUCGUUGGUCAUCUCAGCGGCAGUUUCGCCUUCAUCGUCUUUGACAAGUCCACCUCCACUCUCUUCGUCGCUUCUGAUCAAAACGGGAAAGUUCCUUUGUAUUGGGGAAUCACUGCCGAUGGUUACGUGGCCUUUUCCGAUAACGCCGAUCUGCUCAAAGGCGCUUGUGGGAAAUCGCUUGCUUCUUUCCCUCAAGGGUGUUUCUUAUCUACAGCAGUUGGUGAACUGAGAUGCUAUCAGAAUCCCAAGAACAAGAUCACUGCUGUUCCUGCUAAUGAGGAAGAGAUAUGGGGUGCAACAUUCAAAGUGGAGGGGCCUGCAGCUUUGGCGGCCACACGGUGAAGAGAUUUUCUCAUAGCAAAGGAGAUUUUCAUAUAUUUGUGUUUUAUUUGUGGUUGAGAAUGCAGAUCAGAAGAGAGAGAGAGGGGGGUACCUAACAGACACAGAUGUGUUUAUGUCUGAAUUGGGUGUGUUUUUUUCUGUGUUCUUUUUGCUUGUAAUCUGAUGUAAAUCCCUUUUGCUUUUGGUUUAAUAAAGUCGGUGACUUUGUAGAAUUAUAAAUGGAAACUUGAAUUUCCCACCACUUA